AUGUAUGACUUUGAGAUUGGAUGUGUCGCCGAAACGCUCCGUGACCUGAACGUAGAUGACAAAAUGGUGUAUGAUGGUGGAAAGAACGUCAGGAUACACCAUAUCCACAAGAGGUUUAGGAAGUUAGAAGAAGAAGAAUACGCUCAAGAGGGGUGGGCCCCGUACCCCGACGAUAACUACAACAAGGACGAUGUUCUUAACCGGUUAUCAGAGGCUCUAGAGAUAGACAAGUCUAGCAAUAUUCAUAUUGGUCAUCACCACAAGGGGUCUGACGUCCAACAGGGAAAGCCCACAACAAACGCACAUUUUGACACUGUGAUCAAUCCUCCUGCUGGCAUUAUCGUAGUCGUGAACAGCCGCAGCCCCACGAAAAGCGUAGAGAGCGGAAGGGCGGACGAGUGGAGACAGGGAGAUCAGCUACCUGAUCUGAAAUUCUGGUCCGAUGUUGCCUACUUGCAAUGGACCAGCGUCACAGAUGAGUCCUCCGAUUUACGCUACGUCAUCCGAUUGAACAUUACGAAUGAACGCACGAAAGCCGUUAUCGGGCACAUCAUGACCCAACCCUCACUCAUAGAUCGGUACCCUAUGUUCCCAGGUAUCUCGUGGUCCUUAUAUGAAGAUGAGGAAGUAGCUGCAUUGCUGGGAACGCCAAAUGGUAUCGGGGUCGCAUGGUUGCUCAUACAGCAUAAAGCGCAACUGGGUCACAAGAUCGUGAAGAAGGUGACGCUAGUGUAUAAAGACUGGUUAUACCUUAAGGAAGGAAAGGUACCGACUCUGAUAUUCGAAUUUGGUAAUGUGGUUGCUGCUGAGAAGACGAAAGGCGAGGAAUCGGCGGAAGAGAGGCUGCAACACAUGAGAAUUGAGUGA